UGAACAAUAUCAAUGAAAUAUAAGGAAAGAUCCUGUUAUAAGCUUAUGCAAAAAGUUUUGUUAUGGAAUAUGAAAGUACUUUCUCACCAGUUGUAUACACAUUUAGUGAGGGCCAUUUCUCAAAAUUACAACUUGUAGGAAAUGAAAAGUCUGAGAAAUUGAUACCAUGUUAUCGUCCAGACCAUAUUAUGGUUAGAAAUGAAGUAGCAGAACAUCAGUUUUUCUGUUGCAGUAAUCUUUCCAGCAGUUUGUAUUCACAGUUUUGUAUUUCAUGCAGUAGUCUUAAGCCUGCAGGUGAAAGGAACAGAGGUGUUAGAAGCAAAAGUUCUGUUCCAACUCUGUUUUCUUACUCGUUGAAUUUUAUUGCAAAAAACAUCUUAAAUGUUGAAUCUCUGAUAGGAUUUCCAGAUCUCAUUGGAGAAUUUUUGUUUGAACUGACUGCUCACUUGGGAGCAUUUACAGGGCCAGAAGCAGUUAUAACAAAACUGAUCCAGUUAUUUGUUAACGCCUACAAAGAACAGGUGCUUUCAUCAUUGGUGGUUAAGAAAAACCUUGUUAUGAUUAAUGAAUACUGUGAUCCCAUUAUUCAAUUAACACUUUACGUAACUGAUCUCGACUUAACCAGCUGCCAUCUUGGAGAUGAUCAUGAUUUGAUAAAUCACAUCAGGGAACUUAAAAGGCUACAGCGCUUGGUUUUAGCAGAUAACAACUUGACAGAUAGAGCUAUUCGGCUGCUAACAUUACCAUGUCGAAUGUAUACAAGAGGAUCUCCUUUUCUACAUCAUUUGGAUCUUUCGUUUAAUAACGGUAUUACUGAUGCCUCAAUAAGAUGGUUAACAUGCUACAAAGAUUUAAACUUCUUGGAUCUAACUGAAACAUCAAUAACACCAUUAGGUAUUUACCAAGUUAAACAGAAGCUAGAGCUACAAGAGUCUUCAACAAAAGAAGAAAGUUCUAUAGAGACAAAAGGUUGGGCAGAAAAAGUUGUUAAACAGUGGCAUCUUGAUACAGAAGCUAAUUAUAUAAAGAAGAAAACUUCACGUGCAAAAAGAAGUGGACUGUUUUUUCUAUAUCCAGUAAAGAAGCCAGUUAGGCAAGAGUGUUCAUUUUGUGAACUGACUGCUGCUGGAUCUUUAAUGGAGCCAAUCAUGCUGAAAAAAAAAGUUCCAUCUGUUUCGGAUGUUGAAACUAAUACAAAAUGUCUCCAGCCUCACAAAAAAAUUAAGAUUUCUUCAAAAGCUUCAAGUGGUAAAAAUAUGGAUAUUGAAGAAUUAUAUAAUCAAUACAGAUACCAACCAAGUGGAGAGCCAUUAACAAACAACUUAGAUUUUCAGGGAGUCAUGUCAUCAUUUUGGUAAUACGUGUGUAUUUGAAUGGUUUUAAAAUAAUAGCUUAUGUAUUCUUAUAAGAUGACAGAUUUGUGUAUAGUUUUUUCUUAUAUGAUUUUUUUCAUUAAGGUUAUAAGUAAUAAGAGUAAAAUGAGAUCAUUCUUUUACUAAAUAAAAUUCUUUCAAAUGUAAAAUUUUUCAUAAGUAUU